AUGGCAAAUACAAGAAAUAAAUCUUUCAAACAAUGUCAGUACAAGCAAAUUCCAGCCAAUCCAAUACGAUUAAUAUUUGAAAUAUUGUUGUGCAUUUUACUUAUAAUACCGGCUGUCAUGUGGGCAACAAUAAAAUUAUUUUAUAAAUCUCCACAAAAAAACAUUAGCGGACAAGUUGUUUUGGUUACCGGGGCCGCUAGGGGUUUGGGCCGCGAGCUUUGCAAAAGGUUUCACACGCUGGGCGCCAAAGUUGCUUGCGUUGACAUCGACGGUGAAGGGUGCGCCGAGACGGCGUUAAUAAUCAAUCGAAAAGGCGGGACGGCGAAGAGUUACAAAGUCGACGUGACCGACCGGCAACAAAUAAAGGCUAUGCACGAGGCCAUUAUGAAAGAACUAGGUCCUGUGGACAUAGUGGUGAACAACGCGGGCAUUGUAUUGGCCCAUAUGUACGUCAAUCCUGAAUCAGAUCAGCUUAUCGAAAAUUUGAUCAACGUCAAUCUCCUUGGACAAAUUUGGAUCAAUAGAGAAUUAUUGCCCUCGAUGUUGGAAAGAAAUCACGGACAAAUUGUUGCUAUAUCAUCUAUGUCAUCGAUGAGUGGAUUGUCUGGAAUAUCUACGUACACAGCCACCAAAUGGGCGACAAAUGGCAUGAUGGAGAGUUUGUAUAAUGAACUGAGAGAAUUGAAAUCAGCCGUCGUGUCAACAACGGUGUGUCCGUACUUUAUAGAGACUAAUCCGGAAAUAUCUAAACAUUUAAAGCUCAGAUUACCAGAAAUGCCCACGUCUUUUGUUGGUGAAAUCGUUAUAAAUGGUAUACUAGAAAAUCGAAGAAUUUUUUCAGUUCCCAAUCACUUUAUGUUUCCGGUUAAACUUGUAAGAAUAUUACCCGAUAACCUACAGCGGUUAAUCAACAGAAUAUUUUAUGUGAAUAUCAUUGGAUUUCCAAAAGAUAUAGAAUUGAUGAACAGAUAUCGGCAAUAG